ACAGCAAUAAUUAACCUGUAGAGCGGUACUCAUAGUGAAAUUGCAAUGAAUAAAAUUCAUUAUGGAUUUAUAUUUACUUUUCUUAUUGGUGUUACGAGUAACGGUAUAUUUGAUUUCGGUGAUGUGAAAAAUAAAUUGUUACAAUGGAAAACUCACAAAUUAUCACAAUUGUGUCCAACAAAUGGACCACAACUGCAGAAUUUAUUAAAUUUGGUUUGUAGUACAGCGCAACCCACUAAUGUUACUCUAAGAGACGGAUGUAUAACAUGUUUUUCAAGAGUCACAUCUAUGCCUGAGGGACCACAAGAGCUUAGUGCAUUAAGUGCAUGUGCUGUACAAUAUUUCACGAACACAUCUUAUGCGAGCUGUGCUACGGCGUUAAUGGCAUUGUCAACAUCUGCUCUUAAUGUUCAACCAUCGGGAUGCUACAUGGGAUAUUGCGAUUUUGUACGGUGCUUACGAAGAGUUAAUUCUAUUAACUUGGUAACGCAAUGCACCCGUGAAGCGAGGACUGGCGUAAAUAUAACUUUAGAUAGCGAUAAUGUUCGAUUUUAUACUAAUGUAACGUCGUGUAUUCUUGCAAAAACACGUUGUGGACCUUUUAAUCCUAUAACCGGAGAACCUCAAACUCCCGGAUACACUGCAUCAGGAGCAAGAGUUAGUAAUGCCCUUCAGUUUUCAAGUACAGGUGAACUUAGGGUAUUAGCCUUUUCAACGUCUACACCUGUAAAGUCAUCAUUUUGUUCAACGACAUCGAACUUAACACAAACUAAUUGGUUAACUAACGUUUGUUAA